GUUUUUGACUGUCAAAGACUGAACCUUUGAAGAAAGGUUGUGCUGCUAAAACUCCAAAACUUCUUCAAAGCAAGGAAAAGGUGAUCGUUUAUCUCUGUGUCGAACAAGAUGUACAAAGGUUUACUUGGAGGUAAACCCGGCAGAAAAAAUCAGAAUGCCCAAGCUAAACAACACGCUGAUGAACUAAAAAAGGCUGAAGGAUCAUCUUCCAAGAUAAUCACAGAACCAAUGUACAGAAAGGUGUUCCAUGACAUAAGGAAAGAUUGGAGCUUAGGAACUGGACAGAUUAUUGGACCCGUAAUGAACCAAGGUUUAAAAGAUAUAUGUUGGGCUGUCUGUUUUUCUCGCCUUUCACAGGCUAAUCACAACAUAGACAAUCCCAAUAAUCCACUUGAGUUCUCUUACAAUGAUUUGAUCAAUCAAGUGAAGCCUAAGAAGAAAGAAGAGUUAGCACUGUCCAAUCUCAAAAAAGCUUUUAGGCUUAUUAAAGACCCUGGAAUGUUGAAAGUGUCAACAACAAGACAUGGAGCAAUGGCUGGAGGAGAUAAAGGGCAGCGUAUUGCAUUUGACUUUGAUCUUUACGAAGAUGUUGAUGCUGCGUACAUUCAACAGUUGUUGGAUGACUCCUAUCCUGUUGCACUGAGGUUACAGUUGGAUUUUCAAUUUUCAUCAAAUAAGGGGGAGAUCUACUAUUUGCCAAGGAAGGAGAUCAUUACCCCGAGCAGUCGACUACACAGCAUUAUUCUUAUGGGUCAUGGAAUAACUAAAGAAGGAAAACUCUAUUUCAUUGGUCAGAAUUCAUGGGGUACAGGAUGGGGCUGUGAAGGAUAUAUCCAAAUAGUCAUUGAAGAAAAAUGUGACAUCAUUUGUCUCAAGCAUUAAUC